CCCAUGCCUGAAGGGGCUGGGUGAUGGAUCUGAUAAGAGUCUCUCAUCGUCGGCUGUGUGUAUAAAACUCCAGCAGCCUCUCGGCUCCACAGAGCUGCAUCUCUGCCAUGGCUGUGGGUAAACUGCUCGCUCUGCUGGUUCUGCUCCAGUGCUCUGCAGCUUUGAUGGGAGCUGGAGUGAGGAGCUCCAUCAUUGGUGGGGGGGACGCCCCAAAAGGCAGGUGGCCUGGUUUGGUCUACCUUGACAUCAAGACAGACAGUGGGGAGAGAAAGUGGCACUGCAGUGGUUCAAUUCUCAAUCAGAAGUGGAUCAUGACUGCUGGGCGCUGCUGGGAUGAUGAACUGAGGUCCAGGUGGGAUCGAACAGGAGUGUGGAUCGGCACAUAUGAGCUGGACAAGCCAUCUGAACGUUACAUGGAAGUAAACCUCGUUGUUCGUAAUCCUGAGUUCAGGGUUACUGGCAAUGGCUUCAUCAAUGACAUUGCGCUGAUAAAGUUAAAAGAGCCUUUAGAGUUCUCUAAGAACGUUGCUCCAGUGAACUUACCCAAAGACGAUGACAUCUUCGAUUCUUCCUCUGAGUGUUGGAUCGCAGGCUGGUGGGAAAAAAUCAACGUCUGGGGUGAGAAAUCAAACACUCUACAGGAGAUGGAGGUUCGAAUUGUGGGUCAGACUAGAUGUGAAGCUACGUUUCCAGACCUGAGUGACAACAUGCUGUGUGCAGGCAGUCCUGCUGGAGGAAAAUAUUGCUGCAACUGUGUCAACUUUCAGCAUCCACCAGGAGACCAUGGCGGCCCGCUCAUGUGCCGAACAGCCAGCGGCUUUGUGCAGGUGGGAAUCAUGAGCUUUCACAGUCCGGAUGAUUGUCAUACCCCAGACCGCUUUGGAAUCUACACUCAAGUCUUCAGUUAUAUGGACUUCAUCAUGACAUACAUUAUGUUUGGCUAAUAUUCCAAGAAGCAAGUAAAAAUAUCUGAUAUAUUAUAUAUAUAAAAAAUACAAGAUAUAGUUUUAGUAUUUCUAUUCAAAAAGUGGAAUUACUGUAAUGCAAGGCUACUGAUAUGACAGUGGUCCUGCAAAAAGUCACUGACACCAUAAGGCUAAAAAAAAAAAAGAGAGAGAGAGAGAUCGUCCACAAAGACUUUUUAAAAAACUAUUUAGAAAAAGUGUGGUAGAAAAAGGUGAGGCAGCAACAGAAUAACAACAGGCUUGACAGAAUUGUAAAUGUUGAUGUAUUUCUAAAGCCCAUUUAAAACCCCACACAUAUUGGGUCAGAGUUCUGGGCAACAAGGUAAAGUACGUCAAAAAGCAUCCAGGUACAUCCAACAAAAUAAGAAUAUCAUGAAAAAUAAUACUAAAAUUUUUUUGUCAGAAAGUACAAGUGGCAUCUCUGUUUUGGGAAUGAGUUGGGUUUGUCUGUGUAUUGUAGCUCUUGAUGUGUUGACUCCAGCCUCCUUCUGAAGUUCCACCAAAGUCUGGAACGGAUUUUGCUGACAAUCCUAAAAGACGUUAUUAAUCUCAGAGGGAAAUUAAAUGUUGUAACUUAUAACAUAAAAUCCUCUCAAGGCCCUGAUAAACCCUGCUUCCAGUACUUUUUUUCCUACACACCUUUUCCUUCCACUCAACUUUCUAUGAAUAUGCUUGGAUGACAUCAAUACAUUAAGAAUGCUUCCCCC